AUGAUGGAUGAAGCUGUAGAGGUAUCAGCUGACGGGAACUCCCUUAUAAAAGCUGUUUAUCAAAGAAGACUUCGCCUCACAAGACUGUUGUUAGAAGGUGGAGCAUACAUUAAUGAGAGUAACGACCGAGGUGUAACACCUUUAAUGAUUGCUUGUAAGACACAGCAUGUGGACCAGCAGAGUGUUAGCAAAGCAAAAAUGGUUAAAUAUCUGCUGGAAAAUAAGGCAGAUCCAAAUAUACAGGACAAAUCUGGAAAGACAGCCUUGAUGCACGCAUGCUUGGAAAAGGCUGGCCCUGAAGUGGUUUCUUUGUUGCUGAAAAAUGGAGCUGACCUAAGUCUCCAAGACCAUUCUGGUUACUCUGCACUUGUUUAUGCAGUAAACUCUGAAGACCGAGAGACCCUGAAAGUUCUCCUAAAUGCUUGUAAAGCAAGAGGAAAAGAAGUAAUCAUCAUUACAACAGACAAGUCUCCAUCUGGAAAACAGACAACUAAACAGUACUUAAAUGUGCCUCCUAAUGACAUUGAGGAAUGCCAUUCUCCAACUGCCUGCACUUCCCCAUCAGAAAUAGAACUUAAAACAUCUCCACUUUCAAAUUCACGUGAAACAGAAAAACCUCUUUUUAGCUUUAAAGAUCCAGAUCAGCCUGGAAGCAUGGAAAAUAUAUCUGAGCCAGUCUCUCCUACUAGAAAACCAAAUUUAACACAUGUAGGACCCAAGCUGGCACAAGUGCAGCGUCUGCAUUCUGAGUCUUGGAUAAAAAGCUCUCUGUUCCAUCAGAAUAAAAUUUCCUCUUUACAAGAAGAACUUCAGGAUAUAACUCCAGAGGAAGAACUGUCUCUGAAAGUCAAUGGUCUAGCCUUAUCCAAGAGAUAUAUUACUAGACACCAAAGCAUUGAUGUAAAAGACACUGCUCAUUUGUUGAAAAUCUUUGAUGAAACUGGCUCAAGAAAGUUGUCAUAUGAGGAGAUAAAUUCUCAGUCACUUUAUGCUGAGGGAAACCAUAGCCAGAGUGAAAUUCCUGUGGAUCAGGAUUCAGAUUCAGUGCAAAUGAGAUUUGUUUCAACCCUGAGAAGUAUUAUUCAAAAAAGAAGCUUAGGGGCAAAUCACUACAGCUCUGAUUCUCAGCUAACUACUAGUCUGAGUCCUGCCACCACAGAAGAUAGCAAAUCACUUCUAGGAAAGAAAAAGGUUCUCUCUCCUUCUCCCUCUUUGUUAUCAAGUUCCAGAGAAUUGCUAGAGAACAUGCCUCCUGGUCCACUGAACAGGAGAAACCAUGCUGUUUUAGAGAGACGAGGGUCAGGAGCCCUCUCUUUAGAUCACAUUGCCCAAACUAGGCCAGGUUUCCUUCCACCUUUAAAUGUGAAUCCUCAUCCUCCAAUUCCAGAUAUUAGUUUUAGCAACAAGAUUUCUGGAAUUGUUUCUUUUGGACAAAAAACCCUAAUUCCAACAGCACCUGCUUUUCCCAAGGAGUUCAAAAGUAACAAAAUGUUGGUAAGGAGGCAGUCAUUGCAAACUGAACAGAUUAAGCAACUUGUGAAUUUUUAA